UCCUAGCAACAAGAUGAAGCACAGAACUUCCCACAGGAGCUGAGUGGGGUGGGCAGUAGGUCUCUGUCAGAAGGGAGCAGUCUCGGGGCAAGCACACCAUGCUUUCCCACUACAAUGGGGACUAUAGAGCUGCCUGUGGGCCCAUUGUGCUGAGGUGCCCCCUUUAAGAUAUUUCUUUGGGAAGUGGAGGAUCUGGUUUGGAGAGGGUGCAUGGAAGGUAUUGGAAAGAGAUGCAUGCACUGGGACUUAAAGUGGGGAGGCCAGUAGAUUUCCCCCGCCCUCUUUUUCCCCCCCUCAGGCAUUCCCCUACUCCCAACCAGCAACCUGACCCCCUUGGUCCAUGAGCCCCUACGCACACCCUCUCCAAAUUUCAGUGAGUGGCGUUGCGACUUGGUGCCUGGGGUUGCAGUGCCACUCAUGUCUGGCUAGGUCCAAAAGUGGGUCUUGGCCUAAGUGGUACUGCUGCUCCCGGCUUCAUGGCUCUGGCUAUCUGUAGAUAACUCGUCGGUCCAUAAUGUGCUUCUGGGAAGAAAUGAAGUCUCGCCCUCUGACAGUGAUUUGUGAAGUGUUUUUCUUCCCUUUGUGCCUCUUCUGGAUUUCACUAAGGCUGUGUAAAUGAGUAUGGAAGAUUAUGAUUUUCUGUUCAAAAUUGUUUUAAUUGGCAACGCUGGCGUGGGGAAAACCUGCUUAGUCCGACGCUUCACUCAGGGGCUUUUCCCACCAGGUCAAGGAGCCACUAUCGGAGUUGACUUUAUGAUUAAGACUGUGGAGAUAAAAGGUGAAAAAGUGAAGCUGCAGAUCUGGGACACGGCAGGGCAGGAGAGAUUCCGGUCCAUUACGCAGAGUUAUUAUCGCAGCGCUAAUGCAUUAAUAUUGACCUAUGACAUAACCUGUGAAGAAUCCUUCCGAUGCCUUCCCGAAUGGCUGAGAGAAAUAGAACAGUACGCCAGCAAUAAGGUCAUAACUGUGCUAGUGGGUAAUAAGAUUGAUUUAGCCGAGAAAAGAGAAGUCUCCAAACAAAGAGCUGAAGAAUUUUCAGAGGCCCAAAACAUGUACUAUCUGGAAACUUCUGCUAAAGAAUCUGAUAAUGUGGAAAAACUCUUUCUGGACUUAGCUUGCCGGCUGAUCAGUGAGGCAAGACAGAAUACGCUUGUGAACAAUGUGGCUUCCCCGUUACCAGGAGAGGGGAAAAGUAUCAGCUAUUUGACUUGCUGCAAUUUCAAUUAAGGGCUGGCCCAAGAUUCACCCCAAAUGGGCCAAGAGGUUUUUUGCUGAGAUUUAUCUCAGUGAAGGCAAUUCCUGCCACUUUGACCCAUCUGACUCACACCUAAGUGAGGUUCCUGAUCUUAAAGCAUGGCAGGCUGGCCGCUCCACCUCCAGGUCAACAUAGCAGAAUAUAAUAUGGUUUAAUCUUUUUUGCAGUCUCUGGAGUUGGUUAGGAAAAAUAGUUUGCACAAGCUGUUCAUUCAAAUCCAGAACAUGGGCUGCUACAUCACUUUCUGUUGGAGAUCAGAACAGCCUCCCUGGAUGAUACGGAAGAAUGCGGGAUCUCUUUUGCAGCACAUGUUUGGCCUUUUUAAAGAAAGAUGAACUUUUGAAGCCUUGGACUAUACAGUACUGGCAUUCUUCCAGGCUGCCAGCCAAAUGAAUGCUUAGGAUGUGUAUAUGCCCACAGCAUCCUGAUGCAGGACUCAAUUGUAUGUUUUGAAUUAGUGUUAUAUCUCUCAUCCGCAGGCACUUUCAUGAACUUGGAAUUAAAAAUAUAUAUAUCAACAUUUCCAAACAAACAACAGUUUGGAAAAAGAUAUGGAUACUGGCUUAGUCACUUCGUUUGGUGCUAGUACUUCAGCUGAAUAUUUCAUAGACCAAACCUAGUUUUCUUACAUUACUGUCCUCUGAAUGUGUAACUUAGAGUAAGUAGUGAAAGUAUGCUAAUAAGCACUGUCCAUAAAAUAUCUUUACCUCUUUUUCUCAGCCUGAACAUAGUGGAUAAGGACUGUGCUUCCCUGAUGUCAAUUGUGGGGGUGAAAAGACUUUUUUUCUUGAGUCAAAAAAGCUCUAUAAACAGUAAUUUCCUAACGUAAUGAACUAGUUUUGAGAAUACUGACUGAUGGAGUUGUAAACAGAUCAGAUCUGACCAAAAUAUUGUGCUUGCACUGAUCAUGUGUAAGGGUUCAAAGACAGAGCACAGUUUAGAUGGCAGCCCAGUGUGUUUGAGUAAUGAAAGCUUGUAGUUACAGGUCUUGCUUGAGAAGCAAGCAUACAAUUUUGUAUGUUUUUUUUUAAGCUUAAGUGAAAAUGGCAGCAAGUGGUGGUGUUAAUAAUUUUGUGUCUUACUCAUCCAGUGAUCAUCUUAUGAAACUGUACCUUGGAGAAGCAAUUCAAAGUACCAAUUUGGCAUCGACUCUGUAUUAUAGUAGCUUUGGGAUCCAUGACCAUAGACUCAUUUAAUUUUCUUGUUACUUUGUACUCUAAGUCUCAGACUCCAAUGUAUGUAUAACUAUUUGCCUCGGCAAGUUCUUUAUAUAAAACCUCUAAUGUGGAAGCACUAUGGUAUUUGUUAUAUUACACCUCUAGGGCCAUGGACUUUACACAUUGAUGUUAAAGCAAAAUUGGAAAAGAGGUUGGAUGCAUACAUAGCAAAUCAUUCUUAAAUGUUUGGUAUCAGUUUUAUUGACCUGAAUGGGGCUAAAACUCUCGGUAACUUUGUGGCUGUGAUACAUUGUAACUUAGCAUUAAUCAGCUCGAUAUCAUGUAUUAUUUGCUGAAGAUGUUGACUGGCCUUUUGUAUUAACAUGAAAAAGCUGCCAACAAGUAAAUCUUGAAAAUAAAAAUGGUCUUUUAAAA